AGACUGUCUCCUGUGUGUAGUUUUCCGAGUGAGUGGUUUUAAUCAUACAUCUCUUUAAAAGAAGAUCCAAAGGAAGCAGAUUCACUUCACUUCUUUUUACAUGCAUAAGAAGGGAACACAAUCUUAUAUUCUUAUGAAUGUACUACAAAGAAAUAUUUACCAAGUAUAGUUCAUGCAGGAAUUUACCUUGAAUUGGUUUAUGUAAUCUACCUGUCUCGCUUAUAUUUAAGGGUUCAUAUAUCACACAAAAGGAUCCUCUCCUCUGGGUGAUAAUAUAUGCAUUGCAGGAUCUUAAAAUUUUACUUGUGUAAAUAUAAGGACAUCAGCUUUUCUUCCUUGUCAUUAUAUUAUGUGUGCAUUGUAAGUCUAAAUUUAAAUGUGUUCAAGCGGUUGAAGAUACAGUCAUGGAAAUUGUAUAUGCUGAACUUGUUUUCGACGAGGGCUCAAAGAACUCGUGCCAUACAGCAUUCUGUGUGUUCGAGGAAUUCGAUGAUGAUAAAAAACGACAAUCUGCAUCCAGUGGAGAAAUCAGCAUGGUGGACGUAGCAGCGCAACGCAUUUCAACAAUUUCCACCUCGUCGGAUAUGAGCAUUCAAACAUUCGUGGAAAUGGAAGACGAAUUGGACAUGGAAGAAUGUGUCCAUUUUCUAAAUGAAAAAUGGAAGGAAGACGACCAUGACACGUGUACUUACGUCUGUUCAGGUAUAACGGAAACGGGGGAUGGAAAAAUCAUCAUUACGACCAAGAGCGGAGAAAUGGCUUUGUAUGGAGCUUCUGGAAAAUUACUGUCUUUGAAGGAAUUCUCGGAGACUUUUGAAGGUUUAACAAAGACAUCCAAAGACGAAGUUGCCGUCUCUUGUGGCUACUCUAUAAGGUUCUAUAAAGUGGAGAAGAGCAAAGUACACGAGGAAGCUAAAAAAUGCAUAGACUUUAAGUAUACUGAUAUGGUAAAAGUACACGAUAUUCAUUACAGUGACGGAAGUUUCAUCAUUCUUUGCAAAAUAUUUUCACAAAGUUCGAUAAAAAAGAUAGAUAUGAAAGGAAAUACCCUACAAUUGGUUUAUCAAACAUCAACUUCUGUGGACAGUUUCUGCUAUUUUGGGGAAACUCUUUUUGUCAUUGAAAAAGAUCAAAGAAAAAUAAGCGCCAUGAAACAAAAUGGUGACUUAAGCUGGGAGCUUACACUUGAUUAUUCACCAAGAUAUUUGACUAUUGCUGGGGAAGACAGAGUUGUUGUGUCUUUAAGUGGAAGACCAGAUUUAAAGUGUUUAACCAUGACCGGGUCUGUUUUGAGUUCAGUUGACACUGGCCUUGACCCUUCUCAGACACCAUUGCUGCUGUGUUAUUCUACUGAGUCAAAUUCGAUGUAUUUCUGCCCCGAAGAGGUCAAGAAGAUAAAAUCGUCAAGGAAGAACCCAUUUUCAAAAAUUCUUUCAUCUAUGAAGUUGGAUUAGAGUUUUAUUAAAAGGCGCAUAUUUAUGUAGAUAUUUGAAUGAAUUUGCCAUUUACGAAACAUUUUAAGAAUGAAAGUUCACAGAGGUGAAAUAGAUUUUGACUUUUCAGCACUUUCCUUGUAUGUUUGCCAGGAUUGAUUGUAAAUGCACACGUGUACCGGCGUAAGUGACACAAUAAAGUAUGCAAAUAAAUUGCUUUGGCACUGUCUAUAGGUGAAAUUGAUGAUUCAUUUUAAAUGUAUUUAUUAUGACCAUAGUAGAAAAUUCACAUACAUUUUGAAGGUAGUCAUUUAUCUAAUGGUAUUUAUUAAUUUCGUAUCUUAAUUAAGAGAAUGUUUUCUAAGAACACAAAGAUAUUGUUGACUUGAAAGGAAGUACUUUAUGUAAGAGGAAGAAAAUUGUGGCGUUUUUGGUUUCCCUUUUACUUUUUUUUGUAUUUACUUCCUUAUUUCAAAAGAAUGUACACAUAUGUGACUGUUUUGCCCAACAUGGAUUUUAUUUUGUAACUAGUACUGUCAAACAUUGUAACCAUCAUCCAUGGCUAUUAAAAAUAGAAUUUUCUGUAAAAUUCUUUCAAAAGGCUACUCCUCCUACUGUUUUGGUCAUCUUAUCUCAAAAAAAAAAGACUAAACCAAGGAUCAUUAUUCUAAUUAAUGCUGUUGCAAAGUUUCAUGUCCAACCCAGAAGUGCUACUUUUCCCUUCCUUUGUAAUAAAUACUUUAAUUUUAUGAGGAUAAAUAUUUAUAAAAGUAAAUCAUUAUGUAUUGUUUUAAACUGAAUAUGAAUAAGUAAUGUGGAUCCAAAAAUUUGAGGGUGGAGAGCUACAGUCUCGUCGGAGACUUCUGGUUCUGUUAUUAAUGGUGAAAACACGUCUAAUUUACAUACUGAUAAAAUAAAUGGCAAAGGGAGCGUGUAUUUCUUAGUCAAUGUAUGCUGAUCAGUAUACCCAGACCCGUCGUGCCAAUAAUUAUGCUAGUAUAUGUAUAAUUAUACAUGCAUGUAUUUAUACAGUAGAAAAACCAAUGCUUAUCCCUCAAAUAUUACGUUUGAUGGAUUUUUUUCUGUUUUUAUUUCUUUUUGUUUGUUUCUUGUCAAGGAAUUUUGUACCUUCCCAAAAAGCACACAAGCUGUAGUAUUGUAUAGCAGUUGUCUCGCUUUACUUAUGUCAAAAAAUUAGCAACUUUUUAAA